CCAGCACCAUGGAGCUCAGCGUCCUCCUCCUCCUGGCUGUCCUCACAGGACUCCUGCUUCUGAUGGCCAGGGGCCAGCCUAAGGCGUACAGACGCCUCCCACCAGGUCCCCGGCCUCUGCCCUUUUUGGGGAACCUUCUGCAGAUGGAUAGAAAAGGUCUUCUCAAAUCCUUCCUGCAGCUCCGAGACAAAUAUGGGGAUGUCUUCACGGUGUACCUGGGGCCAAGGCCAGUGGUCAUGCUAUGUGGGACUGAGGCCAUACGGGAGGCCCUGGUGGACAAUGCUGAUGCCUUCUCUGGUCGAGGAAAAAUUGCUGUGAUUGAUCCAGUCUUCCAGGGCUAUGGUGUGGUCUUUGCUAAUGGGGAGCGUUGGAAAGCCCUUCGGCGAUUCUCUCUGGCCACCAUGAGGGACUUCGGGAUGGGAAAGCGGAGUGUGGAGGAGCGGAUCCAGGAGGAGGCUCAGUGCCUGGUGAAGGAACUCCAGAUGACCAAGGGAACCCUCCAGGACCCCACCUUCUUCUUCCAUGCCAUCACUGCCAACAUCAUCUGCUCCAUUGUCUUUGGACAACGCUUUGAGUACAAAGACCCCGAGUUCCUGAGGCUGCUGGACCUGUUCUACAGAUCCUUCGCGCUCAUCAGCUCCUUGUCCAGCCAGCUGUAUGAGCUCUUCUCUGGCGUCAUGAAGUACUUUCCUGGCACACACAGGAAAGUGUGUAGCCACCUGGAGGAAAUCAAUGCCUUCAUUGGCCGUAGUGUGGAGAAGCACCGGGAAACCCUGGAUCCCAAUGCGCCCCGGGACUUCAUAGACACCUACCUGCUCCGCAUGGAAAAUGAGAAGUCCGACCCCAACAGCGAGUUCCACCACAAGAACCUCAUCAUCACCACGCUCUCCCUCUUCUUCGCCGGCACAGAGACGACCAGCACCACCCUGCGUUAUGGGUUCCUGCUCAUGCUCAAAUAUCCCCACAUCAGAGAGAGGGUCCAAAAGGAGAUUGACCGGGUGGUUGGCUCCAAUCGCUCUCCAGUCUUCACGGACCGAGCCAACAUGCCUUACACUGACGCAGUCAUCCAUGAGAUUCAGAGAUUCGGAGACCUCCUCCCCAUCGGGGUGCCCCAUAUAGUCACCCAAGACACUCAUUUCCGAGGGUACAUCAUCCCCAAGGGCACUGAAGUAUUUCCCAUCCUGAACUCUGCUCUCAAUGACCGGCGGUACUUUGAGAAACCAGAAACCUUCAACCCUGACCACUUUCUGGACGCCAGUGGGGCACUGAAGAAGUGCGACGCUUUUUUGCCCUUCUCCAUAGGGAAGCGCAUUUGUCUCGGCGAGGGCAUCGCUCGCACAGAGUUAUUCCUCUUCUUCACCACCAUCCUCCAGAACUUCAACGUGGACAGCUCUGUGGCCCCUGAGGACAUCGACCUCACACCCAUGGAGUGUGGUGUGGGCAAACUGCCCCCGGCUUAUCGGAUCCGCUUCCUGCCCCGCUAAGGGAGCUGGGGCAGGGAGGUCUAGGAUUCUGGGUUCCUCACGUGUCCCACCUCUGCAGAAAAUGCCUCUGAGUCUCUCCAGGUCUUCCUUCCUCUCAGAGGCCUGCAGGAAGCCAGUGUCCGUCUCCCUCCCUGGUGGCCUCCUCCAUGGGGCAUCCUUUCUGUAGUCUCCCCUCUCCCGUCAUGCUGCAGUUCCCCAGAGGCUCGAGACAUGUUGCUGCUAGAAUUCCAGGAAUGGUGUCUGUACAGACCAAGGGUUACAGGGAAACACGGCUCAGGCUCUCUGAGGUUCUGCCUCCCAGGCCACGGCUCAUCUAGAGCGACCGCUCCUUCCCAAGAACCAUCACGCUUCCUUUAUCAACUGUAGGGGCUCCAGGAACUGCUCAGAGCUGAUGCCUCUUGAAUCAUCCUAACAGCCGUGUGUGUGUGUGUGUGUGUGUGUGUGUGUGUGCGCGCGCGCGCACACGCGUGUGUUGAUUAGGCCUACUUUGCAGAUGUAUAAACAAACAGAGGCUGGGUGGGGACCUCAGUCGUCGGAGGUCACAUGGCUAAUGUGGGAGGAGCAAGAUGCACAGUCGGCCUGGCUCCAGACAGAACUCAGUUUCCUCACUGACUUCCCGUUCCCCAGAAAUUUUUGAAUUCAGGUGGAAUUCACAUAAAUACCAUAAAACUUUAGCAUCGUAUGGUGCAUAGAUUAGAGGCAUUUACUUCUUGCUGUUGUGCCAUCACCACUACCUAGUUCCAAAGCAAGCUCUACCCGCUUCUAGUCACUCCCCACUCCCUCUUCCCCUCACCCCUGGCAAACACCACCUGUGUUCUGUCUCCAUGGAUGGCCUCUUUGGGAUAUCUCCUAUAAAUGGAAUCUCAUACCACAUGCGACCUUUUGUGUCUGGUUCU